AUUAUCGAUAUCAUCCGUCUCCUAGCCUAUAACAAUAGUUAUAGAGUGCAUGGUUAUUGGAUAUGUCAUCAAUGGCAAUGUGGACACAGACCACAGAAAUGUCGAUCGAUAAGACAAUGUGAAGAUAUACAUAAAUUGCAAUUCUAUAGGAAUGGGUGCAAACACAACCCACAAUGCCAAGAUGAAAUCGAAUGUCGAAAAAAAUACUACGUAAGGCAAUGGCAACACGAAAACUUAUGUCAACGCGAAUGGCGAAAACAGUAUGACCAGGAAUUAUUCAAACAAUAUUUAGAAGAAAUUCCAAAAAGGUUCUAUUGGUUGGGUUUAUUCAUUCGGAUUUGCGAUGAACAUGGGGACGAUAGGGGAAACUUGAUUUCGAGUUUCUUAUUGUAUAACCCAAAAAAUUCAAAUGGAAAGCCUGACAUGGAAAUAAUUCGUCAUCUAGUAUGGAAAAAUAAAUAUAGAGUAUUCGGCAAUUGGAAAUGUUCGAAUUGCCAAAAGAGAUGGAGAAGCGCUUAUACUUGGAUAUCACUUCAAAAGUUUAUAGAGAAAAUUCCAGGAAAGCGUUUAAAUCGUUUUAAUGACGAUUAUAUCAUACAGAAGUGCAAGAAAGAGGAAUGUGGUGGUGAUGGCAUUAUUUUGAGUUAUGAACCUCUAGUAAAAUCGGAGGAUAAUAUAAAGCACAGAUGUGAUUUAUGUGCAAAGUGUCAGAAUGGUGAGAUCUGUUUGGAAAGUGGCACCUACUAUGGAAAUCAGAAAUAAUUCAAACGUAAGGCAGAGAAAUUUAUGAUCGACUUAAAUGAGUUGUUCAUGAGAUGAAAUUAUUGCAACAAUAAAUAUUGUAAUGGCAAAAUACUGUAUAAACAGAUAUAUUUAUUCUAUAAGAAUUUACUACUGAGUUAUUCUGUAAUAAUUAGGAUAAUUGAUAAUUAUUCCAAA